AUGGCAAACAACUGUCCUCUAAAGGGGCCACUGGUAGAAGAGUUAACUUUUCUUCAAGGCUCAGCUCCCUUCAAGAGCUGUCAUGCUUCUACCAUUGUUGAGGUUGGUAAGGAUCAUUUUUUGGUUGCCUAUUUUGGGGGGUCAUCAGAAGGAGCACCUGAUGUCAAAAUAUGGUUGCAAACUUACAAGAAUGGAAGAUGGGAAUCACCGGCAAUAGCUGAUGAACAACCAAAUGUUCCUAUGUGGAACCCUGUGCUAUUCAAACUUCCAUCUGAUGAGCUACUUUUGUUUUACAAGAUAGGCCAAGAAGUUCAGAAAUGGAGUGGAUUUGUCAAACGCUCGUAUGAUAAAGGAAUUACUUGGACAGAAAGAGAACAACUUCCUCCUGGUAUAUUAGGACCUAUAAAGAAUAAGCCUAUUUUGCUAGAAAAUGGCCAAUUGAUUUGUGGAUCAUCUGUUGAAAGCUGGAACUCAUGGGGCGCUUGGGUGGAGGUCACAACAGAUUUUGGCAAGUCAUGGAGCAAGCAUGGCCCAAUUUACAUCGAAAACAAACCUCUAAGUGUGAUUCAACCAGUACCUUACCAGACUGCAGACGGGAAAUUACGCGUCUUACUACGAUCCUUCGAAGGCAUUGAUAGAGUAUGUAUGUCUGAAUCAUCGGACGGUGGCCUGACUUGGGGACGCGCAAAACCUACUCAGCUCCCUAACCCAAAUUCAGGUAUUGAUGGAGUUAAGCUUAGAGAUGGACGCAUAUUGCUCGUUUAUAAUACAACAUCGAGGGGCGUGCUUAAAGUUGCACUCUCAAAUGAUGAUGGCGAUUCAUGGUAUGAAGCUCUCACAUUGGAGGAUUCAUCUGGAAUGGAAUUCUCAUAUCCCGCGGUUAUUCAAGCUAGUGAUGAGCUAAUACAUAUCACCUAUACAUAUAAAAGGACACAGAUUAAGCGUGUUAUUCUUGGACCAAAUUGA